AUGUCGCUUUGGAUACUCGGAUACCUGCUCUGGCAACGAUUCUUCGCUGUGUGGGAGUCGCGGCACUUGCCUGCCUAUCUCGGCCCUACCUUGAACGCACUUAUAGGCCUAGCUCUCACCUCACUCACAUGCCUUUUCACCUCACUUGCUUUGGCCCUAAUGAUCGUCACGACGGUGAAAAGCUGGCUGUUCAAUUGCACUAUGAUUGAGGGCUGGCAACUUGAGCGCCAUGACGCAGUUAUGCAACGGGGAGGCCAGGAUCGGUGGGACAUCAGUGGAUCAGAUGGAAAGAAAAUCCGGGUUGAGAGGGUCGAGUUCCCAUAUGAUUUGGGUUUCUUCGCCAAUAUGUCACAAGCUAUGGGUUCCUCAAACUUCCUUUUGUGGUUCUUCCCUUUCUCUGGAAGUCCCAAAGUUGGCAAGGACGGAACGGGCUGCGGAUGGUCUUGGGAAGAAAAUGGAUUCAAUCGGAACGAAGGCCUGUGGCCACCGCCGGACCCGGAAAAGAUUCGCAGGGAGAAUAGAGAGUGGCCUGCAGGUCGCAGAGACCUUGAGGCAGAACUGAGAAAUGCAGGAACCACGUCCCCAGAGGAGCAAAAACGCGCGUUCCAAGAACGCCAGUCGCAAGACCUGCAGAGGAGAAACCAUUUGUUGGCAGAGCUAGAGGAGGUAGACGAUUACGAUUUGCUGAGUGGUGACAGUGAUUGUAAUGGCUACGGUCCUUAUCGAGAGGUAUAUUGGAGAAACGCCGACGAUGAGACGCUGCAUGAUUACGGCGUUGAUGAGGAUGCAGAAUUCUGCGCCGCCCAAGCAACCAAAGAAGGUGAUGAUUCCCUUGCCGAACUCUUGCGUCGGCGAAAUAAUUUGCGCACUGAAUGCGCCGAUUAG